UUCCCAGUUCAGGUUCAAGUUGAAACAGUUGCUGGCAAGUCGCAAAAUGAGAACGGCGGCGCUUGCACUCUUCUGUGUGGGAUUAUGGGUCAGCAUGGCGUCGGUGCUGGGCAAGCAAUAUUUGCGCUGUGAACUGGCUCGCAAGCUGCUGGAGCAGCACAGUUUUGAGCGCAGUCUCCUAUCCAAUUGGAUAUGCCUGCUGGAGCAUGAGAGCGAACUGGACACGUCAAAGAUAAGCACCACGUCGAAUGGAUCACGCUAUGGUCUCUUUCAGAUCGAAAGUCGCUAUUGCCAGGAUGGCAGACGUGGGGGCGUUUGCAAUGUCAAGUGUCAAGAUCUGGUAGAGGAAAAUCUACGUGAGGCUGCCGCCUGUGCCAAGCGUAUUCAGGCGGAGGAAGGCUUUCGGCAUUGGAGCGGUUGGCAACGCUAUUGUCGCAACACGCAGAAUUUGCCUAACUUAAAGGUCAUUUGCGGCAUUUGAAUAUACUCUCUCUUUUUAUACUGGAAAUACGCAUAAAAUACUCUUAAAUAAACUGUCAAAGAUGCUCGAUUUUUUAUUUACAAAGUCAUAGUUUGCAUUUAGUAAUAGUUUAUCAUAUUUUUGUAAAGCUUUUGCCAAUAAACUUUUCAAGCAACUCACGCUUCAGCGUUAUCGCUUUUCGAAGCUUUCGCUCUCGCAAUCGUUGCGCUCUUUGCGUUCGCUCUCUCUUUCUCUCUGCUGUCGCUCGCCUUGACGACUUUUAGCUUAUGGAGGGCUUUUGGGGCUGUGCUCACUUCAGGGGGGAUUUCAUUAAGCGAUGCCAGUCGAAGCGAAUCAAACGUUUCUGGAGCGCUGCACGUACAGUUUUUUUAUUUCAUUUGAAUCUUCAUUUCUUACGUUCGUUUUCGUUGACAAGUGCGCAGUGGUUGCAUAACAAAAAGUAAAAAAAAGUACAGCAUAUAUAAAAAAAAGUACUAUAUGCUAUUCACAUAUUAGUAAAAUAUGUAUACAAAAAAAGUACUUAAAGUACUCAAUAUAUAAUACUACACUAGUAUUAUGAUGAUCUUUGUGAUUUUUUUGUGCCCCAUGAUCCCAAAUGCAAAAAAAAAAGAAAAAACGAAACUGACUACCUGACUGUGACUCAUUGAACCGGUUAUGAAAUGAUCUUACACACACAUGCAUACACACAUACAUACCAAUACAAGUGCCAAUACAAUACAUACAAGUCCAGUCGUCAGUCCAAAGACAGAUAAGAUUCUGUCACUGUCCCCUUUGCUUAGUCUUUGAGCUAACGUGUGCUUAAGCUGAAGAAAAUCUAAAGAGCUCUUCAUUAUAAAAAGUUGUGUUUUUUUUU